UCGGAGCGGGACGGGAGCGGAGCGGAUCCGGAGAUGGGAGGGAGAGCGGGGUCGGGGCAGCGCUGUGAGCUCGGACUUAGGGACGGACAUCAGCCCCGGGCUCGCGCUGUACCGCUGUGCGCACACGCGGGGCUCCCACGGACACGCGUUUGCACGCACUCGUGUGCGUGUGUGCACAAAGGUCGGAGCCGGGAGCUUGGAGCGAAAGCAGAUGCACGGCACACACGCGCAGAUCCACAUGCACUCAUCUACAUGCACCUAUUCACGUGCACGCCGCUCACGCUUGCACAUCCACGCGUGUGCACACAUCCACAGGCGCACAGCCGUGCACAGCCGGGAUCCAAGACCAGGGAAGGAUCGGUGCUGGUGUAGCCAAACUGCAGUACUUUUUGCAGCCUCUCCUCGCUGAGGGUCGACCCGAGGAGUGGUCGCAGAGCAAAUACACAGGAAUUGAUUUAGGCGCUCCGGAGAGGAGCCACGGGUGGAAAUGAACCGUGGAUCUCCUGGUGGUGAGGAUCAGGAGGGCCUUUCUGCAGCAGCAGCGCAGUGUGGACCCACACCUCUGCUCCCAAGUAGGUUUGAGUUCCUGCUCAUGAGCAGAAGCUUUGCAUUCGUGGCCGCAGGGCAGAGCAAAGUAAAGCAGGGCACAGAGCGGAGAAGAUGUGAGCGUUCAGAUGCUGGAGGGAAGAGUGAUCCCAGCUGGGAAUACAUUGGGAACGCCGACUGCCAGCGCUGCUCUGCCUGUCAGGGAUCCCUGGGAUGUGCCCUGCCGGACCCCUCACACUGUGCCUGAGAGCACUGAGCUCCUGGCAGCCCCCGCAUCCCUCCCCGCCUCCACUUUGGCAGGGAUUGUUGGAGGAACAAAAGGAAAGGAGCCAAAUUCUGAGUUUGAAUUUGAAUUUGUCCGUGUGAGACGCAGAGCUGGGGGAUUCCCUUCCUCUUCUCUGGGCUGAUGUGCGAGGCGCCUGGCUGCCAUCCCUUCUGCUGCACCCUGCUACCCUGCACUGCUUCACACAGGCAGGAAUUCUCCCAGGAAACCCCUGAGCUCCCCACGCCUCCUCCCCCUCCAAGGUAGCGAAAAGCUGACAUCAGAAAUCCGUUCCCCGUUUUAAAUUUAGACGCCUGCGUGAUCUCGAAUUUGGAUUUACUAAUUAUUCGCAUCUGGUUCCUAUCAAAAAGUUGAGCAAUGCAGAUGUCCUGAUUUCAGCAUCGGCUCGGAGGGGUCGCACGGAAUUCGCCCUUCGUUGCCUCGUUACACAACGGGUCUGAGUCCCUUCCCAGGCCUGCCCUGAGCACGGUGCCCAUCCACCCCGCAGCAUCGCCUCGCUCCGGUUGGCUGCCGCUCAUUUCCCCGCUGUGGAGAUCAGUCUAAUUAGCAGAGUAAAUCUGGGUAAGGCGAGCUCUGGUAAUUAGUGAUCCGUGGGAUGUUUCCACGCACUUUCUUCGCCUUAAGGGUAAGGAGGGAUGGAGCAGAUGGCCCCGUUUUGGGAGCAGGGAGGGAAGUCGAGGUGAAGGGGUUGGGAUGGGUAAGAGGACAGAGCUGUGUGUCCGCUCACUGCCAUCCCAUGUUCUGUUUCCAAGUGACAUUGGUGACCACAGUGCCUGCAGGGACAUUGGGAACUGAUGAACUGUCACCUCUGGGCCAUGGGCAGAGGGGGAAUGGCCACGUCUGGGGGCUGUGAGUCCUGACAGCACCUCAGGAGGUCGCCUAAAGGUGGGAACCCAGCCCAGGGCUGGAGCUGGGACCUUCAGUCCAAGCUGUGAUUAUCACAGAAAGCUUCCACGGGGAAGCUUAAUUAAUGAUGAUUGAUUAAUAGGUGGCCCCAGCAACAGCUGGAGAUGGGGAGCUGGAUUUUGUCACGUGCUGGGAACGUGUGGGCAGGGUGUAGAGAUUUACUCACAGGAGGGAGACUUCGUGCUGGUGGGAUGGUGAGUGGGGCUGGGGGCUGAGGAGGGAUUUCUUCUGCUCAGAGAGCCCCAGAAAGAUGCAGGGCUGCUUUUGAUCUUUUUGCUGCUGUCUGGACACCUGUGUAGCUAAGGAGAGAGAUUUGGAGGAAGAAGAACAAGGAAGUGGGAGGGAUGUGGCUGUGGGGUGUAGCCAGGCUGGGAGCGAGUUCAUCAAACCAGGACUGCUGGAAUACAAAAAGACAGUUGGCAAUUGGGAGCAGAAGAGCUGGGGUACUUUGCUGGAGAGCAGCUCUGCCUCGAGACAGCUGGAGGUGAGGAACCAGCAGAGGCUGGGGCCCUGCAGUGCUCUGGGCACCUGCAGGUGCUGCUCAGGCACAGCAGCCACGAUGAGGGCUGUCAAUGGGAGCUGGGAGAGAGGUGAGGAUGGGAGGAGGGCAGAUCCCAGCGCUGGGGUCGAGGUUAUGCUGAUGUGUGUUGUUUUUAACCAUCGUUUCUCAGAGCAGAUUGCUCUCUCCUCACUUCCACUGCUGGGUGGGAAGCCCCUGGGCUGUGCUGUGCAUCCCUGCACCCAUGGGUCUGUGCCGCCCUGCUGCCCCUUUCUGCACAGAGGGCCUUUGAGGGGAGCUCAGCCUCAUCAGGCUUUGGGACCACAGAAGCUGAGAAGUGAUCUGAGCUGUUUUCAUUGCAGCACGUGGCCGGCAGUGCGGUGCAGGCUGUGGGAGGAUGGCCCUGCUGUGCCCACAGAGGAUGCUCAGGGUGCUGGGGAGGCUCAGAGCGGUGGCAAACUCUCCCUGCAGUCGUUGGGGUGUGUUGGAGAUCUCAUCCAUCCCAGCAGCCUUUAAAUGGGCUUUUCUGGGUGAUGGGGUGAUGGGUUUCAACAUCGGCUCCUGCAAAUCAGGGAAGCAGCAUUAAAGUUGCAGAAGUCAGGAGUUGGAAGUGCCACAGUGUUUCUAAAAAAGGAAUGGGAAAAUGAUGCAUUUUCAGUUUGUUGGUGAUUUCCUGAGCUUCUGCUCCCACCUGGGCCCCUUCCAUCCCUCUCCAUGCCCAUAGGGAACACCUGGGCUGUGCCUGCCAGCCUCCAGGAAGGACCACAGAGAAAGGACAGAUGCGAUGCUCGGCAGAUCCUGAUGUCUCCCACCUGCAAAAGGCAGCAGCAUCUCUCCUCCCCGUGAAGGCACAGCCUCGUUGCUGGGAUUGGAAGCUUAACUUCGAACCUGGCAGCGCUCCGUGACGAUACUAAAGGCAUUUACAUUUCUAUACCUCUCCCCGAGGAAACCGGAGCCCUCAGCACCAGGCAGGUUUGGCCAAGGGGGGUGGAUGAGGUGGCAGGGAGUGGGGCUGCCCCACAUCCCCAGGCUGUGCUCCCCCCGGCGGUGCCACCACGACCCCCAUUGCUGCACCCAAACUUUGCCUGGCUCAGCUGCCUCCGCUGCAUUGACACGACUGCGGGCGCGUCGGUGUCUGCCAGCUCCUGAAUUUGAUGGCAAGGCUGAAUUUUUAUGUUCCCCCUCCACAUAUCACCCCCCCCACCCCCCCUCUUUGAGCUUAUAUAACCUUGGGGAUUCUAUUAAUAAAAGUAAUGGUUUUGAACUCUGGGAACAACCAUCUCCAGCGAUGCCGCAACUUCUGGAUGCGGGCAGCUGUUGGGUGGCACAGAGAUAAAGGGCAGCGGCUCCAGGGGGGGAGGCAGAGGGAUAAACGGGGGCUUCCAACGAGGAGCCCGCCUCCAGGGAUUGGGCAGCACCCAGAGCAGGCCGUGUUUGUGCCUCCUUGUGUGCCAGGCAUCCGCCAGCCCGUGCUUUGGCUGACAGCCAUUUCCGAUGGGAAAUCGUGGGAGGAGCAUCCCGGCCCCACGGUGGUACCUUAAAGGGAUGCAAGGGGAGGGGAGGGGGGUGGUAAGGGAGAUAGUGAAGGAAUUUGGUAUAAAGGGCUCAGUGCCAAAAUUAGGAGCUGUUUCUCGGCCACGGCAGGAGCUGGGCAGGGACCUGCAGCUUUUGCCUGGCUCUGGGUUUAGGGGUUUUUUUGCUGUCGUUUGAUCCCUAAGAUGCCUGCAAGGUGUUUGAAGGGUUUAAUGUAACAUUUGAGAGGUCGAAUUUAGGACCGUAAGCAACAAAACUCAGGAGGGAACCUAAACAAGAGCGCUCAGAGCUGCAAGAAGCAUGGCUCACUUUUCCCUUUGGGUGACCGUUGCAUUUGGUCUCCUCCAUAUCAGUGUCUGUUUUGCUUUCUGCCUCGUGACGUGGGAUUACCAGCUGGUUCCAAAGAAACACUGAGAUCUCACUCAGCUGUCAGCUGUAGGUUGGCUUUGGUUUUUGUUGUUUUGUUUUGUUUGGGGCUUUUUUUUCCCCCCUUUAAAUCUCUCCCAUUGAAAUGGUCACAGCUUGACAGGCCUCAUGCUGUUCCCAGCAUGUUCGCGCUGUCAUCCUGAAACUCAUAUCUUUAAUUCCUUCCUCGGGAUGCUAAUCGCACCUUAAGAUGAUUAAGGCUGGAAAAAGCCCUCGUGUUUUGUUUUUCUCCUCCCGUUGGUGAUGCUGUUCGCUGGCUCUUGCCACUUCAUUCAUCUCAGGGAGUAAAUGAGACUGCCCACCUCCCCCCCCCCGCCCUGUGCCACUGUGUUCCCAAUCAGUUUUACUUUUGGCUUCUCAUCACGGUGCUGUCGGGCUGCUUUGUGUGAUGCACAGCUUCCCUCUGCUGCUGUGUCACCUUUGGAGCACAUUUGGAGUUCUGACAGCUUGUUGAAAGCCAUUCUACAGCCUCCCGUCUCCGUGCCUCAGUUUCCCCAUGAAUAAAGAGCCCCUUGCUCUCCGUGCCACCAGGCAGAGCUGCCUGCUGCCACCUGGUUGCAGGAGACACGGGUGGCUCAUUUUCUCUCAUCUGUGUGCUGGUGCCCCAUGGGAUGCAGCAAGAUCAUGGCUGCCCUGCGCAGCUUGAGCUCUGUAGGGCUUUGGUGGCUCUGAAGGAGCCCUCAGCUUUUCUACCACCACCAAGAUCCUGAGCAGGGAGGGAGAAAGAAGCAGAGGAAAGCGGGCAGUGAGAUAGGAGAUCAAAACUGCUGGACUCUGGCUUGGCACAGCCUGUGGGCUGAGCGUCCCUGCAGUCCCCAUCCUCCUGGUGUCCCCAUGCUCCUAAUGUCCCUUUUCUUCUCAUGUUCCCAACACCCCUGUUGUCUCUGGUCCCCAGGUUCUCAGCAUCCCCAUGCUGCCAGUGUCCUUUUGGUCCCAACAUCCUUAUGAUCCUCGUGUUCUCACCAUCCCCGUGCUCCCAAUGUGGUCCCACUGUCCUCGCAUCCCCUCCAUCCCACACACCCGGACCCCCAGAUCACCACGUGAAGCUCGUAACACCUUUCUCCCUGCAGGAAGAGCAGCCAAGGCAUCGACGAUGACUGCCGAGAGCACCGAACCCAAUGGCCCCAUGCGGGAGCCGACGGUGGGGGGCACAAAGCCGUCGGCCCCCCCUGCCCCACCGCGGCGCCGAGGCCGAAGGCUGCGACGGAAGUCACUGCCGGAGGUGGCGGUGAAGGGACAGCUUCGCAUGCGCUCACCAUCGGGAGCCUUCGUCAUGGUGGGCAUCUCGGUGGUCUUGGUAGGCAUGACCAUUGCCGUGGUGGGCUACUGGCCCCACCGGGGGCAUGGAGGUGCUGGGGCUGGAGCGAGGAACGCCAGCACGGCGGGGGACAUGAGGAGGGAGGUGGUUGCUGGGCGUCCCGCGCCCCACAAUGAGAAGCUGAAGCUGAUCGGCCCUGUCAUCAUGGGCAUCGGGCUCUUCAUCUUCAUCUGUGCCAACACCAUGCUCUACGAGAACAGGGACAUGGAGACCCGCAUGCUGAUGCAGAAAGGCCUCUACUGCAUGGCCACGGAUCUCCCCAAGGAGACCAGCCCCAAGGAUGAGGACACCCGGCUGGUACCCAAAGCCAACCCUGAGUGCUUGGAGGGCUGCUAUGAAGUGGACCUGUCCUUGGGCAGCAAGUGGGCUGAUGGCUUUGGCCCCAACAGGCUGCAGACCACAGCUGAGCUCAUGCAGUGCCCGGGUGCAUCGCCGGCAGCCUCCCUCCUCAGCCUCCACUCAGAGGCAAACCUUGGGCUCUCCGCCACCGUCGGGGCCUUGGCGUUGCCCAUCAUCAAGCUCAACAACCGCUUGCUGGAUGCAGCCUCACGGGCAGCCAACGGGAUGACAGAGGGAGCCCAGCUCCCUGCCGAAGGCCCGGCGCCCUCCUGUGCCCUGCUGUCCCCCAGCGGCGGCAGCAUCGCAGCUCGGGGCCUGGAGAACCACGGCGGCCACGUCGUCAUCAACGUGGAGGAUGGUGGCCCCACGGUGCAUGCGGGCCCAGACGCUCAGCCCCACAACCCGGGGCACUCCAAGUCCCUGGACCUGGGCCGGCCAGGGGUGCUGCUGGUGGCUCCCAUCAAGGACCGUAAAAACCGGAGUUGGCCUCGGCUCGAUCACGUCAACGCGGUGGCUUAUGCCAAACUGGAGAACUGGGGAGAAUCCUUGGACCGGCUACUGGAGACCAGCGGGACACCACACCAUGCUGAGCCCCGGCCCAGCUCCUGGGUGGUGGGCAUGGAGGGGGGCUCGCGGGUCUGACGGCCCCGGGGUUCAGGGUUUGAAGCAGACUUCUGAUGCUGAGAGAUCCCCGAGCCUAGGGAGGGCUCCCAGGUUGGGACUUUUGCUCCUCCUCGCCUGCCUCCUCUUCCUCACCACCUUCCCUGGGAUGCUCGCAGUCUUACAAAGCCCUUCUGCUGGCAGCCUUCCUGGAGGAGCCCUCACUUGUAGACCCGCAGUGGACCAUGGCAUGGGGUCGGGGUGAGCAAAGCACAGAUGGGUCCCUUUGCCCAACCCAAAGGGAAAUUUGCUUGAGCAGAGCCUGACAGGGCCAUUAAAUGUUACCUUGAUGCCACGCAGUGCUCCCUUGUCUCAUACUCAGGGUGGGAGUGGGGCAUCCCCACCACUCUGGGCUCUGGGCAGUGUGGGAAAGCGUGUGAGGAAGGUGGACAGGGGGGAGCUUUUCCUGCACAAACAUCACCACUUCACUGGAGCCGAUCACCAGCCCCACCAAACCUCUGCUUUCCCUGAAAUUGCCUCAAACCUGGGUACAGACCCAUCUCAUCCCUCGUACCUUCAGCCUCUGUGCUCAGAGGACUCAGUUUCCCAUAGGGAAUGCCAAGGGAGGAAGCGUGGAUGCUGCUGUCCUGAAAGCAGAGGUGUUCAUUGCGGCGGUCCUGUGGGGUUUGUGCCAUACGGGGUCCAACUGCCUGCAAUGGGGCUCAGCUCCUUCACAGCCCCUCUGUGCAGGUAUGGCAGCAGGAAUGCUGUGUGCCCUGCUGCUGUGUGUGUGCAGAGAGAUGGUGAGCUUCUGUGGAUGCAAAAGGAGCUCAGGGAGCUGCAGAUGUUGGUGCUGCUGCUCACUUCAUGCUGCCCGGGCAGCUGCAAAGUUCAAGCAACAAAAUGGAAAAGUUCCUGGAGUGCAAUUGUUUCCGAAGCUGGUUUGGGGGUGGAGAUGAUAGUUUUGUUUGGAUGCAAGCAACAGGAGGAUGCAGUGGGGGAGAGGAAAGGGCUGGCUCUGGUUUUAUGGUGCUGCUGGCUGCUCUUGUGUUACUUGGUGCUUUUUGGCUGCAGGAUGGGAGCUGCUGAGUGGCAUCACGUUGUUUCCAUGAGGACAAACCAGAGAAGGUUGUUUUGCAGCACUGCGGUCCAUGCCUGAUCCUGCUGCUGCUCCAGUGCUCAGCAGGGCCCUCCCUCCCCAAAUUCUUUCCAGCAGCAGCAGCUGGGGACAUGUCCCCAAACCUCCCAGCUCCUCUGCAGGCUGCAGUGGAUCCUCACUCAGAGCUGCUGCUCUUGCCAGCGACCCGGGAGGCACAGCAGCAUGGCUUUGCUGCACGGGCUGGAUCCCUGCCUCUCCUAUCCCAAGAGCAAAGUUGUGGUGUGGGGCUGAGUGUCAGCUGCUGAAAUAUGUCUUUGCUGCGUGAAAUGGUUUUGUUUUCUCUUUUGUUCCCAUCUCCACGAAACAAGCACAGAGUUUUGGACCUUGGAAGCUGCAGGACAAUGUCUUUUUUCAGCCCGAACCAUUCUGCAGAACAUUUUGACUUGGCAGCCGUGUGCUCUGGCACAAACACACCACACUGUCACUGCCAAAGCCCCUUCUGUCCUCGAGCAGAGCUGUGCUGGUGCUGGGGACAGGGGGAGGGCAGGAGCUGCCAUGGCUCACCACCAGCUUGCAUCUCCACCCUGAUUAGCGGUGGUGGCACACAGCACCAGGGCUGGGAAUAGGCAGGUGAACGCCUACAAGGCUCAAAGCACUGAUUUUAGAACAGUCAGGGCUUCUUUUUCUUUCCCUCUUGGGAAAUUUGGCAUUGUAUGUUUCUUUUCAGUGUUUGCUUCAUGCUCUUUUGCCUCCACUUUGCUACAAAGCAGCCCAGCAAGGAGACGGGCUGUGGUUGGCUUCCUGCUUAACCUCCAGGUGAUGCAGCACUCAGUGAGUGCAUAACCCCACCAGCCAGAAAGCCACCAAAGGGCUCCCGGGCCAGGAAUGCACCCGGAGGCUAUUUGAGAUCAAAAGUAACUUCUCCUUUGUGUGCACCCAUACAUCCCCCAGCUCUGCUGCUGCCCUGGGACACAGCGUUGGAAGCAGCACUGCUGCGGCGGUGCUUCCAUCCCACCACAAAGUUCAAGCACCCCAAAAGCUGAGAUGGAGGGAAUCUCUGCUAUUCUGCAGGGGGUUUCCAGCUGGUCAACCCUGGGCUCAUUUGCAGCAUUUCCCACCCUGCACUGAGCAAACUCAGAGCUGUGAUGCUGCCUGCAGUCUUGUCUGUUUCUCUCCCACCCCCCGAAGAUGUAAAGUCUAUGCAAAGGAAAGCACUCUGCUGGUGCUGGGGCACUGGAGCUGCAGCACCCUUAGGUGCUGAUGCUGCAGUGCAUGGAGCCCACAGAUCUCAGUGGGGCUGAUGCAGUAGGGGGGAGUCUCCAGCCCCAUCCCCAUCACUGGGAUGCAGGGGUUGGGGUGCAGGGCUGCCCCAGUGCACUUGGGGCCUCCUGGGCACGGAGAGGGGCUGUGGGUGCUGGGUGUCACAAGUGACAGCACUGACCCUGCCCACAGCAGCUACGUUCUGGCUCCCAGAAUGGCAUCAACAGCCUAAAAAUAUCCCCAUAGGAUGCAGAUGGGAACGUUCUGCUCCAAGUGGGAUCAGGAAAAGGGUGGGAAUGGGGGAGCAGUGGCUUUGGCUCCUCUAAAUGGAUGGGAGCUGCCUGAGACACAGCCUGGGUGUGGGGCCUUUAGGAGGUGUGCUUUGGGAUCGCUGGUUUUCCUUUGGGUUUGGGGGAUUUCCUUUUUAUUGGAAUUCCUUUACAUUUCCAUGGUGUUUCUUUGCCUGUUUUUAUUCUCCUUGCAGGCAGGCUCUGCAUGGGGGGAGGGGAGAAACUGAGGCAGGGGUUAAAAGGAUGCAGGGCCAACUCCUCACCUCACCAGCUGAACGUCGUGCCCCAAACUCGUGUUUCUGACCCUUCUCCAUUUCCCUCUAUGGCACAGGGCUGCUCCUGCAGGGACAGGGUUCUGCCUGGGCCGUGCACUGGGGACCUCAGCAGCCCUCCCCAACCCCAGGGCAGGGUUAUUUAAGGAGCGUUUGGGGCUCGCUGGCGCACACAGUGAUCCUAAUGGGGUUGGACAAACCUCAGAGCCCGGGGCAGCGCUGGCUCAGCGACCCGAUGCGCUUUGCAGCUUCAUCUUUGCGCUGGGUCGGUCGCACUGCGCUGAGGACCGAUGGAAGCAGCAGCUCCAGCAGCGGCCGUUUCCCAACUGUUUGUGGCUGAUUUCUAUGGCCCUCUUUUAAGUUCUGCCCGCAGCGGGUUGCAACUGAAAGCACGCAGCGGUUCAGGAGCCAAUUGGCCCCCAGCCCCCCUGCAGCACCGCCAAGCGCGCCGUGUCAGCACUCCUGUUGGUAUUCCUGCUGCUCUUAAGGACGCUGUGGAUGGGAUGGAUGCUUCCCCUGCCAAACAAAAGCAGCUAAAAGCGGUGUCAGACAACAUCUCUGCUCUGUUCGGUCACAGCCAUUCCUGUUUGGCAGCGGUCGCUCUGCAGAAGCGCUCACCUGUUCAUGGGAUGCUGUGGGGGAAGCUGGGCGCUCAGGCUCUGCUGCGGGGAUCCCAU